CGUCAAAAAGCGCGCGUUACCUCCUGAAACAGUUUAUCGGUGAGCGGUGUCCCUCAAAAUGUCUUUUAACUCAACUAAAGCCUUAGAAAUUGCCCAGUAUUUUACCAAAGACAUUGAAGACCCUGUCAACCUGAUUCCGGUGUUAUUGGUGUUAUUCUGUUUCAUUUGGAGUGGUUUUCCGCGCGGUAAACAUUCAGCUUUAGCAUGGUGGGCGCUCUUUAAUGGCUGCAUAAUCCACUGCUGGAUGGACGGGUAAGAUCAGAUCUAUCCUUGUGAUCUUAACGGCAGUUUGAUGUUCUGAGUAGUGUAUUCAAAGUUUUUUAGUUUAUGGGUCUAAAUUGCCUCCGAGAUUUGAAAUGUUACCAGGUUCAUCUCAGAGAUGGGCGCCAUUGUCUUAAGCUAAAAGCGUAUUCAAACUCAUUUUCCCGAAAAAAUUCCAGGCCACGGAUAAACGCCGCGUUUAUUACAAUACUUGAGGUAUAAGUGCAGGAUAGAGGGCUACCAAGAAAAAGGAAUGAAAUCUCUUCUUUAGAAAAUCUCAGAUUCAGAACCCCGAGGCUCAAGGAGGCAGCGGUGGGGGUGUGCCGCCGAGGCCUUACAGAACCCUGAACCCGGUUGUGACAAAACUCGUUCAUUUCGCUCCCAUUUUUCAGACAAUAGACCUUUUUGAGGGGGGAAAUCGGAGGGUACCCAAUACCGAAAUACCGUUAGAAAUAAAGUCAACUCUCUCUAAGACAGACACCUUUGGGACCUGCACUAGCUGUUUGUCUUAGAGAGAUUGUCCGUCUUACAGAAAGUCAAAUAGAGGGAGCAAAGAAAGGCAGGGACCAACUCCAAGUGUCUGUUUUACAGAGGUGUCCGUCUUAUAGAGGUGUCCGUUAAGAGAGAGUCGACUGUAUUGGCAAAUACCAAAAUACAGUGUCAAAAAUCGAUGAAAUACCAAUACCGCAUUUAUGAUCGGUCACGUUUACUUAAAGCUGUAUCCAUCUCGUGUGUUUGUUUACCUCAAGCAUGUAUGCACCAGAAAUCAACCUCAGACAUUGCGAGAACAUAUGAGAAGAUCUUUGAUCAGUACAAUGAUCGAAAAGCUCGGUCAUUGGACGCGCUUCCAAUUUUGUCAUAGAUUGUGUAAUUGUUUACCAUUAAGUCUAAAGUCUUUUAAAAUAUUAACUUUUUAAUAUUAACCUCUUUAUCUUACUGUUGUUCGUGUUGCACAUUGUGUUGACCUGCAUUAUACAGGAGAGCGAAAAUAAAUGGUACCGCAAUACCGUGAAGUAUCUUCUUUUACCGAAUACCGUUAACCAAGAGGGUGAAAAACCAUAUACCGCAGGGCUAGAUGAUACCACAAUGCCGCACAUUAAAAUCAAAAUUACCUAAAUACCGCUUGAAAAAAAGCUCAAUACCACAAUACCGUAAAACCCCAUGUCCCCCUCCUUUUUACAUAAAGAAGACACCCUGUUCAAGACCUUCAACAGUGAAAUUGUAUACCCUCUUUGAGACACUAGCUCCCUUCCCCCCAUACCCCUAAAAUCAUACCCUGUUCAGCAGAAAACUUUGAAAAAACAAAUUGUGUGAGGUCCUAGUUUGGUUUGUUUUGAAAGACAACUUACAUUGUACGUGAGAUAAGAGAGACUAUUGUUAGAAUGCUUUUCACCAAAAUAGGCUAUGAAUACUGGUGCAGAACAAGUUUGGCACUAAAAUAACAAGGAACCAGAAAAUUGCUCCUUCUUGUUCUAGUGCAUACUGGUAAUUACCAACUCUGGGAUUAUCCAGGGGUCUCCCGGGUAGGCCAUAAAUCUUCUGGUCUCCCGUAUGGUCAUCAAAUCCCCCAGAUAAAGUAGACUGUUUGAUUGAGUUCUUCUGUGCUAUAGUUUGGAAUUGAGCCCAAAUUUCCACCAGUUUAAAAGUGCUUUUUAUUCUAAAGCUCAUAGCCUAUUUCUUUUUUUAUUUCUGGUAUCAUUUUUGCUUGUAUUUUAUCAUGGACAAAGAUAAUUUUGUCAUUAGAGACAUGGAAGUGUCUUUUGAUGGUCUGUUCGUCAUGUAAGACUAUGUAUAAUGUCCUGAGCCACACCCACAUUACUGGGUGGGACUGGAUCAAUUUUGUGUAUUGGGGUGGGAUGAGUAAUAUUGAUUUAGGGGUGGUGGUGGUGAAGUGGGGGAGUACUGCAAAAGAGACAGUUUCUUCAUGCUCCUGGAAUUUCAGUUCCACUAUCCCUGCUGAUGUUGGGUGACUGUUUGUCUUCCUGUAAGCGAAUACUCUUGGGAAUUUGGAUCGGGCAUAGUGUCCACUAACAAGAGAUAAUUCAAUAGAUCAAGCACUGAAAGGAGCCAGGAAGUACGUGUAAAUGACGGUUGAUGUAGCUUAUUAAAACUGUGUUAUUUGCCUUUGACCAAUGUGACUUCCCUGAAGUUGUGCAUCAAGCUCAUCUUUGACCAUUAAAAUUAAGGACGUUGAAAGUGCGAGAAAAGGAUCAUGGUUCGACAUGUGUGAUUUUUGUUGUUUUUAUAUCGGCAAUUUAAGGAUAUGUACCUUAUUCCUCCGGUUUUUUCUCCAUUUUUAUUUUGCCGUCAUUGUGAGGAAUCAUUUGUGAAGGAGUGCCUUUUGAGUGAUGCUUGUCUGUGAUGAAGCCAAUAGAGUAACAUUAAUAGUAAAUUAUAGUUUAAAAUAUUGAUAAAGUUUUCUUGUUUAUUAAUUCAGGGUGGUUGGUACCUGUGCCCGAGGACCAAAGUGGAUGGUCAUUGAAUAUGGCAAACUAGAUGCUCGUUACUGGCCAACUAAGGAUCCUCUUGUCAUGUCAAUUUCAUUUUUGGAACUGGGUGUAAUGGGCCCUCUUUGCAUCCUCUGGUAUGUCUUACUUUUAUCAUUCAACUUCAUUUACCUCAUUUCCUAUAUAGAUACAAGGGGAGCAAGGGAUUGGCCAUUGGUAAGAGCACUCGUCUCCUGCCAAUGUGGCCUGGGUCUAAAUCCCUGCAUCAAUGCCAUAUGUGGGUAGGGUUUGUUAUUGGUUCUCUCCUUUGCUCUGAGAGGUUUUUCUCUGGGAAAUCUGGUUUUCCCCUCUCCAUAAAAACCAAUAUUUCCAAAAUUCCAAAUCAACCAGGAAUCAGGUAAGCAAAGAACAACUUUGUGGGUGUGCUACCCCUCUAAAUCAUUAGUUACUGCAUCUACAUGUACCAUCUACAUAUGAUCUUUGGUUGGGAUCAAUUUUAUCCUUAGUUAAGGAAAGUGCAUCUUGAUUAUUAACAACUCCAUAGCCAAGAACUGACGAAAAAAUUCUGUGCCAAUUUUAACACUGAACCACCUGAAAUGUUAUGUACUUAAGAUGAAGUUUGCAGUUAAUAAACGUGCGACCUCAAAACACUUAUACGGUCAAACCCUGCUAUAAAUGGACACCAGCUGAAUAUGGACACCUCAUUAUUAUGGACAGUUUGCCUUGUCCCUGGGGAAAGAAAGCCUAUACAUUUUCUCUAAAUUCAACCUGUGUAAUGUGGACACCCUGUUAAUACGACAGUUUUUAUGGCCCCCCCAGUGUCCAUAUUAACAGGGUUUGACUGUAAUAAUAUUGAAAGUCUUGGUGGAAGGGGAGGGGAGGAGAGGGGUUUACCACUUUGCAAAUCUACAUGUACCUGUAGAGGUGGGAACUAAAAAACUUUGUAGUAGCCCAUAAGGUCUUCUAAUUAUCCCAGAGAUUUUGAUGUCACCCUAUCAGUCUCCACAUCUGUUGUGAUUCAAAAAAAUCUACAAUCAUGUAAAAUAAAAUGUAAUUUGUUUACCCCAGAAAUACAUACAAGAACUUGCUUGAAAGUGUUUGUUCCAAAUAGAAAUAACUUGAUUUUGGAAGUUGUUUUUUGAGGAUAGGAAACACCUGGAGAAUAAAAAAUGUCUCAGAGCAGGGGCGAGAACCAACGACCAACUCGCUUAUUAGACUCUCUAUGGCCUGGCUAAAAGUCACGAUCAUCGCUAUUGAUGAAAUGAUGAUCUUAAUUCAAUAUGAAAGCGAAGAUGACAUUCAUUGCCAUUUCGAUCAAGUUUGACAGCAUACAUGUAAGUUGUGCGAUGAUGGCAAAGGAAUCUCACUGCCAAAAAAUGUGCUACACAAUUCAGAGUUUUUACCUUUACCUUUUUCUAUGUUCUAAUUUCUGUCUCUGACGUGGUUGCUUGAGCUCGUUGGUAGCAUUACCACACCAAACAAUUCUUGAUAUGACAAUUUAGUUGAAAACCAAUGAUUUGCUGGAAAAUGUGUGAUGAAAACAAGGCCUGCAGGUACCCAUAGUUAGGCUUACCCAUAUAGCAUUGAAGUUAAAAUUCAGAUGACUCCACUGAGGUUACGGAGGGAGUCACUUCGACUCCAGAAAUUUUCAGUAACAAACAGGGAGCCACUUUGACUCCAGAAAUUUGCAGUAACAAACACAGUUUUGUCCCUACCUUUUUCACAACAGAUACAAUUUACGUUAAUUGUAAACGUUGUAAACCUUAAUUAAAUCAUCGAAAUUUAAGAAUUAUACUGCGCGACAUAACAGGAAGAGGGUAAAUUACGAUCAAAGUUUACUCGAUGACCGCCGUCAUGGAUUUGAGCUUCCAGGUCAGCAGACCACCACAGCUACUUCGUGCAUCCCUUACGCUAGUGUAUACAGAGCAGGACCAUGUGCAGGAAAGUCUGAAAAUGGCUUUUUUUGUUGUGAUACUUGACUUGAAAUAUCCCAAAAUGACUCCAAAAUUUGUGAAGCAGAAGUCACACUGACUCCACUCAUCAAUAAAAUUUGCAAACCCUGUUAAAACUUAUACCCAAUAAGUCAUUUCCCCACCCUGAAGCCCCAUUAUUUUUCUUAAUCUCUUAUUUUUUCUGUACUUGAUAUCUUAGCUACUAUCUUCUUUUUCCUCAGGUACAGAUCCAUUGUCAAGGAUCUAUGGUGGCGUCAUUUUAUGUCAAUUUUGGUGUCAACUUUCCAGAUUACAGGCUGCAUUUUGUAUUGUGGUGGAGAGGCUUAUGAUGGCUUCAAACAUGUUCCUUUGGUGAGUUCAAUAAUUCAGAAUGAAUAUUAUUUUGAUAAUCAGUUUAUUGAUAAAUAAUUAUUUAACAAUAAUUAAUGAAUAAGGCUGAGUAUCUUAUGAAGAAUUAUUUAGAUCGAGGAGGAUAACACCCUCCGAGAUCUCCAUAAUUCUUAAUAUGAUAUGGAAGCUGAAUUCAAUAAUAAAACAAUUAUUGUUUUAUUAUUCAUUCAAAAUAAUUCCUAGCUUAAAAACAUAGCUAACACAUGCUUACGUCCAACGAUGUUAAGUUCAUCUUCAAGUUCUCUUCUUGCUCCUUCUUGCCAUGUUUUUAGCCAUUACUUCGCCUAGUUCUUACUCUUGAAACGAGUGAAACAUCCGCCAUGUUUGUUUGCACAACCAAAACAAUAUUCAACUCAUCCCCAGGUCUUCUCGAUUAAUGAUGCAUUAAUCUGAAAGAAAUCUGCAUCAUCGGUUGAUUAAUUGCAAUAUUCUUCCAAAAUUGGUCAUCAGUAGCUGGUUAUGGGGAAUUAUGCGUGUGCUUUUAGCCAAUCAGAAUCUGGGAAAUAUUUUGAAUGAAUAAUAAUAAAUGAUUUGUAUUUUUGCAGGACUGGCCACCCACUUUUGACAGUUUUGAAAAGGUGUUCUAUUUCUGGACUGUCUAUGUGUGUGCUAAUGGUGUUUGGAUUGUUGUUCCAACAACAAUCAUGCUACAGACUCUGUCAGAAAUGAAGGACAUAUAUAGUCCGCCUACUAGUUCAAAGAAAAAACGCAGUUAAUCAUAGUAGUUGCUUGACGUAGAAAAUGCAGACCAUAUCUUCUCAAUUCAACCCUCCUGGCUCUAGC